UGAUGUGGUUUUUAAUGAUACUGUUAGAGAGUGUUACAUAUUGUGUAAAUGCUCAGUUUAUAUAUAGCUCAUAGUUUGUAAACGUACAGUAAAAUAUAUUUUGGAAUCCACUCCGUGUUUUGGAUGUGGGCAGAGUUACACAUUGUAUCGGCGGGGUCAUGUGGGCGGCGCUAAACUCGGAGCGGGCUGUGCUGUGGGUUUUGGGCGCUCAGGCGCUUACAGGCCGCCAUCUUGUUGUUGCGGUGCUACUACGUGUGUGCGCGCGCGUGUUCGUGUUCCUACAAGAGGCGGGGAUCAAGUUGUUUUUCCCCUGUCAGUUAGGUGGAGAUACAGGGUGAAGGACGUAGGAUUACUCCAGAGGUUUGCUCAGGUGUUUUAUUUUGCGGUGCUGAAAACAACACAACAGAGAUGAGUAUCGAGACGCUUUUGGAAGCAGCCAAGUUUUUAGAAUUGCAAGCAGAGCAACAACAGAAAACACGUGAGGAGAACGAGCUUCAUGAGAGAUUGCACCUCAGACAGAAAGCAGGAAAGCAAACGGUGCAUGAUAACCACCUGACCUCAAGGGAGGAGUUAAGUCCUAAGCAUAACCCAGCCACUCCACCAGCCCUGUCCUCUCCCCCUCCUGCUCCCUCCGUUCCCAUCACAGUCAUUCCCGUUCCUGUGGUGUCACCCAGCUUGACGACAUCACCUGCAUCCCCACACCACAGUGUGCCCCAAAAAGACACCCACUCAACCCCAUCUCACCAUGUUCUGCCCCAAUGUCUCCUACCCUCUCAGACCAAUGGCCCAAAACAUGCUCAGACUCUGCAGCCCUAUCCUGGAUCCAUUGUUCGAGCUUCCCAGCAUGCUUUGCUCCCCCAGCCGACAAACACACCAACACAGUUAGGCCUCAUGUCCAAAACCGACCCUCGUGAUGAUCAUCGUGGCUUGGAUGGCAAGAAAAGACCUGGAGGGGCAGGAACAAGGGAAGUGCAUAACAAGCUUGAGAAAAACAGACGUGCACAUUUAAAAGAAUGCUUCGAAACACUUAAGAAGAACAUCCCCAAUGUCGAUGAAAAGAAAACAUCCAAUCUGAGUGUGCUGAGAAGUGCGUUGAGAUACAUUCAGACUCUGAAGAGGAAAGAAAAGGAGUAUGAGCAUGAGAUGGAGCGCCUGGCCCGAGAGAAGAUCUCCACCCAGCAGAGGCUGGCCGAGUUGAAGAAUGAGCUUAACCAGGGCAUGGACAUGAUGGAGAUUGAGCAGUUGCUACGUCAGACUGUCCAGCCCGAAGAUGACCAAGCAUCCACCUCCACAGCUUCCGAAGGUGAAGAUAACAUAGACGAGGACAUGGAGGAAGAAGGCGUACUGACCUCACCUUGCUUCUUACCCAGAGUGUCUCAGCCAGAGCUCAGGAAGCAAUUUUCGUCUCUGCCUCAAACUCUUUCUGUCCCAUCCAAACCCUCCCAACCUCUACCAUCUGCUACUUCGUCCUUGGUCUCAGCCUUUGUCCAGCCUUCCUCGCCUUCAUUCUCCUUGCCCCCAGCACAAGUAGCAGUGACCAAGCAGCCCCAGGCCAUGGUGGCUCCUCAGACCCUUACAUAUGGGCAUAUCGUUGCCACUCCAAGCAUCCAGCCAACAGUAAUAACACAUGCUUCUUCACACGCCUCUGUCAUUCAGGCUGUCAAUCACACCACCAAGACGGGCACCAAACACAUAGCCCACAUCUCUCCCUCCUCCCCAUCCUCUUCCACCAGCGCCCUACAGCUGGCACCUGUAACUCAGACCAUCGGGCACAUCACGGUGCACCCAGUGACGCACCUUCCCACGCUAUACCAACAGCCAGUCACCAUUUCACACACCCUAUCACAUGGCCAGGCCAGCGGAGCCACAGCGUUGGCCAAACAGACGCCCGUUGGGCAUCAGGUGCUCACACAUCACCCGCAGCUGGUGGGCCAGACUGUUCUCAACCCCGUUACCAUGGUGACCAUGCCCUCCUUUCCCGUCAGCACAUUGAAGCUGGCAUGAGCGAACCGCCUGACGUGGGCUUUGCACUUGCCUGGCACUUCCAGCAUUACAGAAGACAAAAGCAGUACAUUCCAAAUCAAAACAAAUCUAUGAAGAGUCUAAAACAAAUUUAUAAACAAAUUUAUAUUUUUUUAUAUAUAGCUAUUGCUAUUGUGUUAUAUGUUAAAAGAGAUGUGUAGCUAAAAUUAGGUUGUGAUGUCCUUCAUGCUGCUAUGUAUGUGUUUGUGUG